AUGUAUAAUAAUAAUAAGUUAUUUGUAUUAUUUGUUUGUUUAUGUGUUUGGUCUUUGCCAUGGGCCAAGGCCCAAGGAAACCCUUGUGAUGAUGUGAGGAACAUUGAUAUUGACUUUGACAACUCACUAUGUCUUCCAACAAGAUUAUUCUCUGUGAGUGACUAUGGAUAUGACUCAAUCACCAUCCAACCAUCAACAGGCGUGCAAAAGAUAAACUACACCAGCCACACGCUCUUCACGGUCAGCACAUCAGGCACCUACACCUUCUUUGUUACCAAGGGCCAGUGCGUCCAGAACUACACCACCGAUGUCAGACUGGCCAGCAUCACCAUCACCCAACCCAAGUGCUAUGGUGGCCCCGUCCAGGUCCUCGUCACUGGCCUCGAGAACACAAAUGCCGGCUACAGAGUGGACGGCUCACAAUACACAUACACCAACGACUCAUACGUGUACCAGGGCAUCCCCGUCGCCCUGCCAGUGGCUUCACUGAGGAUCAGCGCUCUCAGCUCUAGUUGUCGCGCCAAGUUCCUCUACGACGUGUCCAACGCCAUCAGACCCAAGCUCUCAAUCGUCCACCCCGUCUGCGAUAUGGCCAAUGGCCGCGUGUCCGUCAUCAAUGCUGCUCCAAACAAUUGGAACACCUGCAACAACUCGUACGCCCUUCAAACAUUCACGAUCAAUGGCGGCGUGUCCCUGCCCGAUGGCCUGACCCUCAAUGGCAAGCCUAUCUCGGCCGGCGUUCAGAUGACCAUCCCACAAGGUGACAUCUCCAUCGACUUUGCCGGUUUAUCGUGUCCAAACCAACGACCCUACACCUAUUCCACCGGUUUCAUUCCAGUCACGCACUCCAUUGGCAAGCCGGCUACCCUCCCCAGCUGCACCGCCAACAAAACCGCCACCUUCACCUACCCACGCGACUUUAGCACACUGUCCCUGAACCAAGGCGCCCUGAACUCCAACCAUCAAGUCGAAGUAUAUAAUGGCGAGUCAGUCGUUGCAUCGACCUCAUGUGAUACUGCCGCCGUGUACAUUGGAUACCCAACAGUGGCCCCCAUCUACAGCCUCAGCUACACCGAACCAUCAUGUAUUGGAACAUACACCCUCUCAGUCCUCAACUACGUCAUGUACGAAAGUGUGGUCAUCACCAACAACGCGGCACCUGUCGACACUGUUACCGCUGUGCAGGGUGUGAUGAAGGGCCUGUACGUGGGCCAAUGGACAGUGACCGUCGUCGACAAGGGCUGUGGCACUGACAAGGCACGCAACUACUCCUUCCUGGUCCAGGAGCAGGACUCCACCUUCCAUACUGAAUACAUUAUCUUUGAUAUCGAGGACCCUGUCUACCCAGCUACAUGUGGCGGUAACUUCAGUGCCACAGUCACACCAAUCUACAAAGGUGUGAGGUCCACCCUUAGCACCUUUGUCAACUACAACAACACCAACAGUGGCACCUACUACCAGGAUAUCCCAUUCGUUACCGCCACUUGCUCGCGCAGGAAUAUUCAGUAUAGCAAGCAAGCCUCUCCCAAGCAUGCCACCAUCACUAUCAAGUCCCAAGCACCAUGCCUUCAAUCAUAUGGUGAGGUGUACUUCAACUACACUCUGCCGGUCAGCUCAAUCAUAAUCAAUGAUACCAACUUCCUCAAGGCCUCUGGAGCAAUCUACCAAUUCCCAGUCGGCACCACCAGAGUCAGAUUCGGAUAUCCAGGACCCGGUGGAAUAGUCUGUGGACAGGAUGAGGUUGUCACCAUUGUCGCCUUGGACACGACCACCUUGCUCAGCGUCAAAGUCACCCCACAAACAUCGUAUGACUGCUCGGUACCUCGUGGUCAGAUCUCAUUCACCUCGCCCUGGUCCGACUUCAACUCUGCCUGGGCCAACUCUGCCUUUCCCUUUGUGGAUGGCACUGCCAUCAUUGGAUCCACCGAUAGUGCCUUUGUCGUCUUUGAUCACAAGACCUGUGGACAAGGAAUCAUCAACGACGUCCCAGUGCCCACCGAUGACAACAUCACCAUCACGGUCGAGCCCGUCCGCACGUCCGGUUGUCCCGACCCGUCCAACACCGCUGCCAACUCUGCUGUGCUCUCUGUGAUCCAAGGAGGCCUUCGCCUGCCCUCAAAAAGAUUUAACGUGGAUGGCGCCCAAUACAUCCAGGAGACAGGAGUGAUCUACGGCAUGCCAACUGGCAACGUCACAAUUGAGAUCGUGGCCAACGCAUGCAAGUGGAAGCACACCUUCACACAGAAGUUCGACCCGCGUCCAUCUUUCAGAAUUGACGUCCUCCAGAUGCCCACUACCGACAGCGAUCCCACUGGAGUUGCCGAGGUGGUCGUGCUCAGGGAUGAUGUGUUCAUUCAAUCAGUGUUCGCAACGAACAGUUACUGCUACGACAUGCGCUACAUCCGAGGCUGGUCCAGCACCGAGGCCAUAGAUAUCCAAGUCCAAGACUACUUUGGCUGCACAUAUGCAUUCUUGCUCAAUGUGUCCAGCACCAUCAAUGAGCCCAAGUACACGAUCACUCCGCCAACAUCAUGUGGCUCGACAAUGGCCAAGAUCCAGUUCGACAAGUCCACCAUGGACAAGUAUGAGGUGUACGUUGUGAACACCGCCCCAGAUGCCACCGGUGUCACCUACUUUGACUACAUGGAGAACGUCUACAUCCGCUACCGUCCAUGGAUCCAGUUCAGCCGCAAACCCACAGACAUUGACUACAAUAAUAUUGAGAUCGUUGGCCUCCCCACUGGCCCCAACACACUGCCCACCAACUUGGACGUCAAGUACAGUGUCACUGGUGAGUCGUGCGCAUACUCACGCGACGGAUCAGUCGUGAUCACCGAUGCCGACCCUGUCAACUACCAAUACUCGUUGACCGACCCAGAAGCCAACACCCAAGCCGACACCUUCAUCUCUGGCACUACAAUCACCUUCCAAUUCCUCUCGUCGGGAUCGCACCAGCUCUCAGUGUACAGUCGCGCCAACACAUACUGCGCCAAGGUCAUGUCGAUCAUCGUGCCCACGUCAGAGCCCAAGGUGACCAUCGUCGCGCCAUCAGUCUGUGAUGCCACAGUCAAUCAUUCAUCCAUCUCGUUCAAGGUCUCCCCAGCCAGUCUGUUGUCGUCGACCACGUUCAAGAUCAAUGGCCAGUCGGCCAGUGCCUCCAACAAUGCUCCACUUGCAGCCGGCACCUAUUCGGCUGAGGCGACUGUCUCUGCAGGCGUGUGCUCGCGUUACUUUAUAUUUACUGCCACGAUCGAGAACAAGUUCAUCGAAGCCUAUGCCAUGUCAUACUUAUGCGGCCAAUUGUUAUACAAGGUGACCGCACAUAGCAAUCUGGAUUACACGAUCAAGUUGCUCGACAGCGCAGGCAAUGAAGUCACGUCCGCCACUCAUCCGAUCUCUGUUAAUGGCGACUAUGCCAACUACCAAGGAUUGGCCACUGGUUCCUACCAAGUCGUUUCCACCGAUGUCACUGGGUGUGCACGUACCACGCCAUUGAUUCAGGUUACUGGAUGUCCCACUCAGGCACCCUCGACCACCGGCCAGGCCACCACUGGACAGUCAACAACCACUGGUGGUGGACCUACCACCACAGGUCCAACCACCACAGGUCCAACUACAACAACCACCACUGGUCUCAACAGCUCGUCCCAGACCAGUGUAUCAACACUACUCCUUGUAAUCAUUAUUGCUUCAUCCACAAUCCUCAACCUACUACUUUAA